GUAGGGAUCUACAUGUGCGGGUGUAUCAGUUUUUCACACGGCAGUGUUUUUUAUAAGUGUUGUUACGUGUUGUGAUAAGGAGUAUCUAUCACCAUACUCAAAGCUCUGUCGAUAUAUAUCGAGCGCGUUUUAGUGAUGUAAUACUUUGCUAAAUGGCCCCGAAUUACAUGAGUGCAAGACAUUUUUCGAGUAGCGACAUCAGUUUUUUAAAAAACGUCGCCAACAAUCCGGAUGAGCAAGAAACUUGCAACUGCAAAAAACUGCAAUCCAGCGCCUCCGAAAGAAAAGAAACUGGAAAAAGUAGGCUCGCCUACGAAAGAUCGUUGUCACUUUUUGAUUUGAGUAACAAGAAGCAUGAAGGUCGGUGCAGAGACAAGACAAAGGGAUGCACUCUUGGAUCUUCGGACGUUUUGGGGGAGUCGGAAAAAGGGGAGUCGCAGAAGAGAAAGUACUCAAAGCUCGCGAUGUGCUGGAGGAAGUUCAAGAGAUCGCUGAGUAAUAGCAGUUCCGAGAAAAGUGGCGGCUACAUAGGCAAGGACGGGAGCAAGGUGACCACGGUUGUAGCGACACCAGGACAAGGGCCGGAUAGACCGCAAGAAGUUUCCUACACUGACACCAAAGUUAUAGGCAACGGCAGCUUCGGAGUUGUCUAUCAGGCCAAACUAUGCGAGACUUCAGAGCUCGUAGCAAUCAAAAAAGUUUUACAGGAUAAGAGGUUCAAGAACCGAGAACUUCAAAUCAUGAGGAAGUUAGAACAUUGUAAUAUAGUUAAACUUAAAUAUUUCUUUUACUCCAGUGGAGAUAAGAAGGAUGAGGUGUACCUGAAUUUGGUGUUGGAAUACAUCCCAGAAACAGUAUAUAAAGUAGCGAGGCAUUACAGCAAGUCAAAACAAACCAUACCGAUCAGCUUUAUAAAGUUAUAUAUGUACCAAUUGUUCCGUUCACUAGCGUACAUUCACUCAUUAGGCAUAUGUCAUCGGGACAUAAAGCCACAAAACUUGUUGUUAGACCCAGAGACUGGAGUGUUAAAAUUGUGUGAUUUCGGCAGUGCAAAACACCUUGUCAAGGGUGAGCCGAACGUGUCGUAUAUAUGCAGUCGUUACUACAGGGCGCCAGAAUUGAUAUUCGGCGCUAUCGACUAUACCACCAAGAUUGACGUAUGGAGCGCUGGGUGCGUGCUAGCCGAGCUGCUGUUGGGCCAACCCAUUUUUCCGGGGGAUUCAGGAGUGGAUCAACUGGUCGAGAUUAUAAAGGUGCUCGGUACACCUACCAAAGAGCAGAUCAAGGAGAUGAACCCGAACUAUACUGAGUUUAAAUUCCCACAGAUCAAGUCGCACCCUUGGCAACAGGUGCGUGUUUUGUUCCAGGUCUUCAGAGCGAGAACUCCUCCAGAAGCCAUUGAAUUAGUGGCCAGACUGCUGGAAUAUACCCCAUCUUCGAGGAUUAGCCCCUUGCAAGCUUGUGCACAUCCUUUUUUCAACGAGUUGAGGGAACCGAACACCCGCCUGCCUAGCGGAAGCGAAUUACCACCUUUGUUCAAUUUCACAGAUCACGAAUUGAGCAUCCAACCGUCUCUCAACAACGUCUUGCUUCCACGCGGCACUCAAGACGCCUCCAGCAGUCCCGACGGAGCGACAUCUUCAGGCAUGGCGGAGGCUAGUGAUUCGACGUCAGCCCCUCUCCAAGCAGCUGCGUCCGGUAUAGCUUAGUUAGUUAAUCCCCCCUUGUCUUUCGGCAACCAUUGGUCUAUCUUGGCCUCCCUAUAUUUAGCGAUUGUGUGUGAGAGAGGACAGCUGUACUAUAGAAAUAUUAUCAAUUAAUAUACGUGCGUUGUACAGAUCUUGAUUACUUGUUUGUACAGGGUGUACCAAAAACGAAUGUACGCCUCAAGUCGUAUCUGUGAUUAUUUUGUUGUCUGUCUGAUCAUUCUCUUUCAACGAUCUAAUUUAGUUAUGGAUAUUAGAUACUCGGUGCGAGGUUCUGUUUUCAAAAAUACCGCCUUGAGUGAACUACUCCGUUUCGUCGGGUUAUGUUUUGGGUGGGGGAAAUUAGAUUAGUGAUGGAAAAAUCAUCAAUAUUCAAUUCGAGGAUAUAUUUGUUUUUGGUCCACCUCGUGAAUGGCACUUUGUAUUCGAAUGCCCGACCUCCCAUCGUUUUCGAGACGUAAAUUUCUACCAUGCCAAUUUAAUGUCGAAGGUUUUUGUGAAUUCGAGAAGGCGUAUCGUAUCGAUGUAUUGAAAAAUCUGGUGGUGUUCUAUUUCAAUUUGAAAAUUCAAAUAUAUGUAUAUAUAUAUUUUUGUUAUCGAGCUAAUGAUUUUCAUUUUGUAUAUUUUUGGAAACGUCGUUUCCAUUUAUUUGUAAAAUGUAUUUUAAUGAUCAUUAUAUCGGUUCCGAUAAUGUUAAUUUUAUUUAUAUUCGCACUUAGUGUACCAGGUUUUUCAAUGAAAUGAUGAAUAGUUGUAAUAUUUAUAUUGUUAGUCUCAAUAUAAAAAGAGGAAAAACAAAGUCGUAGAAUUUUAACAGAAAAAUUAUAAGUUAUUAGAUCUUUUUAUUAUCAGUUUUCACUGUUGUAUAUUAUAAGUGACUUUUAACAAUAUUUAAUUUGGUGUUGAUAAUUUUAGGGUCACUCGUUUUGGUAUCAUUUGUUAAUUGCGUUAUGGGUAAAGACAUACAAGCACCAGACAUAUAUUCACAGUGUUCGGAAUCAAAGUGGAAUAAAUAUUUGUAUGUCAAAACGUAAGCUAUUUUAUGAUAGUCGUUGAUGCUUCGAACAGAUCCAUAUUGAUGACGAUAAUAAAAAUUAUUGGAGUUCUUCAGGUUCUUAUCAAUUCUUCUUUCCUUGGAAAACGUAUCUAUUUCUUUGAAAAAGUUUCAGCGAAUAAACCAGGAGCUUUUCCUACCAAAGUUUUGUGACAACUGCAAAUUUCUGUCAGGAUAUUGGAAUAUUUUUAACUUUGCUCUACGCACAUUUUGUGAAGAAUCGGCGAAUACUUUGUGAAUAUCCUAGUCUCAAACUAAAUAUGAGUAAUAGCUUAAUGAUACAUUGUACCAGUCUGUACUGUAACACUGCCGUAAUAUUUGGAGAGAAUACCCGUUUGAAAUAAGUCACCUUCAGAUACUGAAUUUUAUCAAUUGAACAUGAACAUUCCUUUUAAGAUUCUUUCCUUCCACAAAUCAAUAUCACAAAUAUUACAACAUACUAAAAUAUACCUAAUGUUUGGGUUUGUAAAUCAACAACCUGUUCGUAGUUUCAGGUUUUUAGGCCGUCCUCUGUUGGAAGAGGAGAUGACUGCUCCUGACCAAUCACACACGAGAGAGAGACAAACAUUUUCGUGAUGAAAUGUAAUGUAUAACUAUAUAAUGUUAAUAAACUCAUAUAUACACACAUACUGUGUGCGUAUUGUGUAUAUACACAAUAUAUUGUAUGUAUAUACAGAGUUUGUGUCGAAAUAAUCCUCAAAAAAAUCGUCCAAUGUAUAGUAAGCUUUUUUGACAAUAAUUGCCUUCAAGUUUCUCCAAAAAGAUAGUAACGAAGUCACAAUUGAAAUUACAUGCGAGUUGUUCCGUCAUUCCAAUCUGGCACAGGCACAGGCAUUCCUGUGGUCUUCCAUAAAUCUGGUGCCCAAGUGUUGUUGAUCUUCAUUGUUUUUUCUUCCGGUUGAAAUUGUAGUUACAGUUGUAGUUGUUGUAGUUACAAUUACAUCAAAAACUAACAGGUUGUAAAAGCCUGACAAGUGGAUAAGAAGUUGGGUAUCCACAAAGCGUGUCCUGUGCAUGCUUUGCCACAGCUGAUAUUUCUCUGGUGUCUUGGUCUGCAGCCUCUUGGGCUCGGCAGUCCUUGUGGCCUGAAACCACGAACAAUUUCACAACUCGGCAGCGAAAUCCUGAACUUAUUGGUCAAUAUUUGAUGAAAAUCCAUGACAAAUGUAUUCAAUAAUACUAAUUUAAUAAUCACAGUUAUGCAAUAUUAUAGUGUAGAAUUUGCAAUCGCAUAUCGUGGCAAUUAAUUGAAGAACCUACUAAAGCGAAUUUGUGGGUUAAUUUUUCCAUUCGUUAGAGCCAGUAAUAUUUGCUAGAGUAUAUAGAUUGAACUUGAAACUAGAAUACAGAAAAUUGUACAGCCAUCAAAUAAAAUGAAAGCAUUAAAAAAAUAACAAUA